AUGGAAGAAAAGUUGAUGCCGAUCUUUUACAAAGCAUUUAAACACUACAUUAAGUCAACUCCGAAGACUCCAAUACAACAAAUAACUACAACGUCUCUGUCAAAGCACUUCACAUUAGAGCCAUGUGACAUUAUAGGGUAUGACAAGUCCUUUUCUAUCGCUUCAUUUUCAACAUACCCCAUCAUAAGAGGUACUAAACAUGGCGAACCAAACGCCGACGUAGCUGGUGUGUUGCGAAUGAAGAACAAUUAUGUCUUUGCGAUCUGUGACGGUUGUGGGUGGGGGGAGUUAGGUAAAGACGCGUCGAAUAUCGGGCUCAAUGCGGUCUUUGAAUUGAUCCAAGAAAAGAUCGCCGAGUGCAAAACGGAAAAGGAGUUAGCGUCGUUACUGAUGGAUUCGGCCUAUUAUGCGCAUUAUAACAUUUUAGUCAAAUCAAACAAACAACAAGGAAUAGGAGAAACUACUAUAUUAAUAGGAAUCACAUAUCAAACAACAAAACCACAUGUCAUGGUGUUGUCUGUCGGUGACUGUCAAGCCUUUAUAGUCAACAAUAAAAAGCGUAAAGCUCGUCCACUCGAUCAGAAUUGGUGUCGUCCACUGUCUCAGUCUCAAAGUUGUGGUGGAUGGAUAGGGUCUCAAAAUGGAAUUUUUCCACAUUUAGACAAUUGUUAUAUUAAAAAGGAGAAAGUAGAAGAAGGGGAUGUGAUCAUCUGUACAACUGAUGGAGUAUCAGACAACAUCACAUUUGUUGGAGGGAAAAAGUCUGAAUUUUUGAACAAGUUUUUCACGGAGAAGUUAAAUUCGACGAUUGCGAUGAAUGAAUUUGUUCGCUUGAUAUGUAAUGAAGUUAUUACAAUUACUAAAGACCUUCGAGAGUUUCAUCAGAACAAUCCCGGGAUGAAACGGAAAGUUGGUUUAUGUGGGAAAGUUGAUCAUUCGACUAUUUUAUCUGUUCGGAUCGAGUCUGAAAUGAAAGAUUUAAAAGAAGUCGACACCAUUUCACCUCCUGAAUUAAAAGAGUUAUAUGUCCAACAACCAUCAGCACGCCGUUCUAUUCGUUCCCAAAGUAUUAAUUCUAUUAACUUAAAAACUAUGAAAGAAGCCGGCCUCGAUGGGAUGACUGGUUCUUCUUUUGAACUUAGCCCUUCUCAACAAAGGAAAGAGUUCUGUCCAACUCCUUCAAUCUAUUCCGACGUCCCUUCCGUUUUCACAUUCGGUUCAAGAAAAGGAAGUCUCCACGACUCACAACUCCCUCAACUCUCCCCACGAAAAAGUCCAGACACCAGACUACUUCUCCCGCAGGAAAUUAUCGUGGAAACUACACAACCCCUCCAAGAGAGAGAAAUCAACGAUCAGAGUCCGGGACAUUUGUGUAGAUCGACAGGAAGAUCUACCGGAAAGAAAAUUACUUUAUUCACAGCACUGGACCAACAAUGA